AUGUUCAGUGUAACUAACAAAGCAUGGAAGAAAGACCAGGACAAAAUAAUUUCCAUGUCUCAGCAGCAAAGUUUAGUGUUAAGUGGUGACGGUCGCUGUGACAGUCCUGGUCAUAACGCUAAAUAUCUCACGUAUUCAUUGUUUGAUCAAAGGUUAAAUAAAGUAACAUCAGUGUCACUGACACAAGUUACAGAGGCAGAUGGAAUUUCAAAUCGAAUGGAAAAGACGGGCUUCAUCAAAGUUUUGGGCGAGGUAAAAUACGCUGGAUUAAAAAUCAAACAGAUGACCACAGAUCGACAUCUUCAAAUCAAGAAAUAUCUGAGGAAGAAGGAGGAAGAUAUUGAUCACCAGUUUGAUGUUUGGCAUUUCAACAAAUCAAUUAAGACAAGGCUGUUAGAUGUUUCAAAGAAAAAAGCAUGUGAAGAUUUAAGGCCGUGGAUUAAAUCAAUUUGCAACCAUCUUUGGUGGUCUUCCGCAACCUGCGAACAAAACGAGAUGCUUUUAAAAGAGAAAUGGAUAAGCGUUCUUUUUCAUAUCCAAAACACACAGUUGGACGGGACAUGA